AUGACAAGCGUGUCGCUCGUAUGGAUCGGCGAUCUUGAUCAGGAUAAACGCCAGGCUGCUAGCUACAACAGUAUUUCCAAUGAGAAGUAUAGACCAAAAAGGAUUGAAUUGAAGCCAUCUCAGAAAGAAAUCAGAAUUGGACGUAUUAACUCAAAGAAUCCCCCUGAUUAUCCUAUUGAAAGCUGUAUUAAUAGUCGCAUGAUCUCUAGGAACCAUGCAACAAUAGAACGCUUAUCUAAGGGCGGCUGCAUGCUAUAUGAUCAUAGUAUGAACGGGACUUAUAUAAACUAUACUCGUGUGACCGGUGGUGCUAUUCUCAAACACGGUGACAUAAUUUGUUUUGGUCACCUUAAUGGGGCUAAUCUUAAACCCGGCGAAACGGUUUCAUCCUUUUACUCUGAUCUAAAGUACAAGGUUGAAUUGAGUACUCCUUCACCUAAUAAAAACUCUUCUGCAGUUGGUGCCACUGCUACCACAGUUUCUAAAAGAAAGCGCCGUGCUAGUGGUGUAUCCUCGAAUCAGCGUUCCGAUGGAGAUGAUGAUGACAACGAUGAUGACGAUGUUAGCCGCUCUGAGGAUGACGCCGUCUCAGAUACUUCUAGCAAUAAGCAUUAUCAUCACAAGCAACCAGCAGCAGCUAAGAGGCCUAGAAAGUCUGUAUGUGACGAUGUCAAGAAAUCC